AUGUACGGCUGGAUUGUAAGCAUCGGGAAGAAGGAUUUGAAGCCUGCAAACUUGCUCAUCAGUUCUACUGGACACCUUAAGAUAGCAGACUUUGGUCUUGCUAGGGUAUUUUCCAAUGAUGGCAACAGACAAUACAGUCAUCAAGUGGCUACAAGAUGGUACAGAGCCCCUGAACUGCUGUAUGGAGCAAGGAAAUAUGAUGAAGGAGUUGAUCUCUGGGCAGUUGGUUGUAUUUUUGGAGAGCUCCUCAACAAUUCUCCACUUUUUCCAGGUGAAAGUGAUAUUACACAGCUUUACUGUGUACUUCGAGUACUGGGAACACCCAGCCAAGGCCAGGGAAUGACAGAACUACCAGAUUAUAACAAAAUCGUUUUUCCUGAAAUGCCGCCAAUACCUCUAGAGAAUAUCGUUCCUGAUGCUUCACCAGAGGCGAUAGAUUUGCUGAAACGCUUCUUAGUGUAUCACUCUAAAGAGAGAAUUUCCGCAAAAGAGGCCUUAUUGCAUCCAUAUUUCUUCACGGAACCACUUCCAGCUCACCAUUCUGAACUACCAAUCCCAGCACGCAAUGCGCGGAAGACAUCAGGACGAGGCCCGUUACGUCAUACUUUUGACAUUGAUGUUCCUCUGGAGAAAUCUCUUGUCAAUCCCGCGUCGCUUGUACAUAAUGUUGUGGGCAUGCCAGAUUUUCACACUUGAGAUCUUUUUAAUUUCGUCCUUAGAAAAAUUGACUUUUGGAAUAGUUUUCAAUUGAAAGUCGAAAAUAAUACGGAAUUGCUUUGAUUUUGCUUUAGUUCGUCGUGUGAUUGGUCCAGAGCAGUCUUCUCGAUUUCGCUGGCAACCAGAUUCAAAACAAAAACCCUUUUUCCCGCGUUAAAAGCAGUUUGCUUGUCUCAUUUGUUAUUUCUUGUGAAUUCUCAUUGGCUCGUUGUACUCUUUUGCUCUUCUCUGAUUGGCUAUUGUAAUCACUUUGGUUGUGAUUGAACGACAGUCAAUCGAAAUGAUAUGGGAAUGCACGCCUGGAGCCUUAUGGGUCAUAUGAUAAACUUCCCUUAUUACUCAUGCACCUGUUGUUGAAAGUUUUUUUACUCGCGUUUCUCUUUUAGUUAAAACCGCUUCCAUGUUAGGUAAACCAACUUCAUACCAGACACGUUGCCAUUGUUAUGAAUUUCUAGAAAUAUUGCUUUGUUACUGCCAUACAGUAAAAGAGAGUCUUGUUUCUUGCGUCGAAAACUAUUAAUCCAACCAUUUAUUUCUGGCGCCUAUGCCACAGAUAACAAAGAAAAAGCAAAUUGAUACCCUUAAA